AGGCUCUUCCUCAAGCGCCAUGGGCUCCGCAAUCGUGCGACGCCCCGAUGGCUCAGAGACGGCGCAGAUAUUGCGUUUCGAUUGGGAGAAAGGAUCUUGGGUGAAGGACACCAUCGAUAUCCCUGCCAAAAGCGGAGACCCCGCUGCUCUGUCAGAAGGAUUGAAGGUCCUUAUCGGCGCAGGCAUGGGCCGCAGCGCUGCUCAGAGAUCGACAGAAAGCCAAACUCUGAGUCAAGAGGUGGGUCAGACCCUUGGCGCCGAUUUGCUGCGUUCUUUGCGCAAGGACGGCGAGGAUGAGGAAGCUUGGGCGAUGCGGAUCGAAGCACCAGAAUUUCGACCUGGAGCCAGGUUCUAUUGGUCCACACCAGCUGCUCCGUCCGAUGCCCAUCUCUUGAGCGCAGAGACCUCUGCCGGGGCUGCGUCCGAUGACACUGAGUCCUUGGAGGUUCCUGCGACUGCUGGAGAACCAGAUCCCAACGAGCCAGGAAGUCUUUUCAAUGGCUCUCCUCAAGCCAAAUGUGUACAGUCUCAUUGGCAAGAUGAGAAUUUGAGUUCACCAGCGGCAUGGCUUUCUAAAGCACCAUCGUUGGAAGAACUGCCGGACACUAUGCUUUGGAAAAAGGAUGAAGGAAAGGCUGAAUCGGCAAAGGAAUCGGCAUCUGUUGCCUCCCCAGUUUCACUUGAGCGUGACCAAGAUGAAGUGACGUGUCGCAUCUCUGGAGACGACACGCACAACAAGUUGCACGACACGUCACCUGAAGCGGAAGCGAGAAGUGAAGCGAGAAGUGGCGACCGGGGCCCAAGUGACGAGUCCAGUGAGCCGGAGGAGAAAGGUCUUUUGAAGGACAACUCUCCACAGGCGAAACAUGUACAGAUUCUGAAAAGUAUGCCGCUUCGACCGAGCGAGGGCAAUCGCGAAGAGCUCACUGCAGAGUGCACAACUGCCGCAACUGUGGCGAAGUCCGAAGAACCACGGCGGCCAUUUGCAAACAAGGUCACAAAGCGACCGUCCACGGUGCCAAAGAGAUGCCCGUCCAAAAGUGAGGAGCCGAACAAGGAGAACGAGAAAAAGACACCCAGGCCUUUCCCUCAAAGAGCCCAAGUCCACCAGGUCUUCAACAUGUUUGAUGAGAGGGAAGCUGAAGCAGCAUCGCAUGUCGAUGCGUCACCACAUGUUCUGGAAGUGUGGAAGCUGAAACCAGAGGAACCAGAGGAAACUCUACCACAGGGCGAGCCUCUACCGCAGGGACAGUGUGGCGUGAUGUGAGGGAGCUGCUUUAGGCCAGAAGCAAGCUGAGAAAUGCUCAGCAGCUGACGGCACAGCUGACCUUGAAACCCUGACACAAAGGAUCGGAAUCACCCUGCAGGAGGAUUCGGCAUUGGUUUGCGGUUUCAAUGGUCAAAUAACGUAUGUCAUUUCAAUCGCAGUUUCAUACUGCUCCCUUUGGAGACAAAGGCUUUACAUGGGCCUUUGGUGUCGCAACUCUUAGUUAGCUCAACUGGCAGCCUGUGAUUGCCGUUGACCGAUCUAGUCAACUAGUCGAAUGAUCCUCUCUCUGGAGUCAGCUCCAAUCAAUAAAUUC